AUGGAAGGACGUGGUCUUACAUUGAGGAGCAAGUCUCGACGUCGGCGCCCUCAAAUCAGCGCUCCCAAACCGAUCUCCGGUCCUCUUCCCCCAAACACCAGGUCGCCAGAAGAGCCGGUCCCCACCCGUGAGCGGGCACCCCAGAGCGACGCAACAUCGGAUUUGGUUAAGCGGCGAUAUUCAACUCGAUUUGCCGCGCCCGAGUUUGAUGUCAAUGCUCCCCCUGUGCCCGCACUUCCAACCCAAGUACCUGGCGGACCAGGUGGGUUAGCACCCCCAUCGCUUCCGGGGCAGUCAACACCGGCAGAUCCGAAUUCGCCAGCGCCAACAGUUGAUCUCAAUGCUCUACGAGAUCCCAGUCUUCCAGUUGAUCGAUAUGUGGCCGGCCUCCUCGCAAAUGCGUCGGAGGAGGAGAUCCAAAAGUACCAAGAAAGCCUACGCAAGGUGAAAAAUCGCACAUCCACCGACUUGCAACAGAAUGUGUACCAAAAUCGGACCCAAUUCAUUAAGAUCAGUAAAGAGGCAGAGAAGCUCAAGGACGAAAUGCGGACCCUUCGUACCCUCAUGGCGGAACUGACCACGGCUCUCGGACAAACAAGUGUCGGAAACACGCCCAAUCCAAUGUCUCCAAUGGAAGACUCGUUCCCGAAACGCAACGCCAAUCGCAGCUCAGUGGCCAACCUUGAGAGCAUGUGGAGCGUACAACUACAAACAUUGUGGAAGACCGUGGAGGGGUCACAGAAAUGGCUACCAGCCGUUCCAGGACGACACAUCGUGUUGGAAACUGGUAAUUGGGUCGAGCUGGACUCGGCCACUUGGAAACCAAGACGUGUCGUUCAUAUUGUUUUGCUGAAUGACCACCUGCUUGUGGCUUCCAAGAAACGGAUGCGUGUCGAACAAAGCAACUCUAAUCAACGAGGACCUGUUCCAACCAGGCUAGUUGCAGAGUCUUGCUGGCCUCUAAGCGAUAUCGACAUGAUUGACCUCGCGGCCAAUUUGGGGACUGGGAGUGCGCGCGAAGAAGCCAUGGACCGGGGAAUUGGCAGAUCACUAAGUAUCCGUGUGGGAUCCAAAUCUUUCACCUACCGCCAUGAGAGCACAUCGGCCAAGCAGGAAUUACUUGCAACUUUCCGCAAGACUGUUGAAGACCUGCGCCGAACUAUGCGAACGGAAACGGAAGCCGCUAGCAAGCCCCUUGAAGCAUACGGAUACCUCGCCAAUAGGCAUCAUUCCCAUACAAAAAAGCGAGAGUCUUUGGAUCUGAAUGAUACCCCGCGUGACAAGUCCGAUCUACGCAUUGACGUGGAUGGGAAACAACAAAACCUUCGAUGGGUUGAAGGGCAGGUUGACGAGCUUGAUAUUGAUAUCGCUUUGCAGCGAUUUGAAGCAUCCGUGUAUAGCAUUGAGCGGUUACGCAAACUAGCCAAGGGGCUUAAGGGCAACAGCAUCGCACAAGACGUUAUCAAUGUCAAGGUUGAUGGGCGCGCAACACGACUGGCUGGUAUUCUUUCACGGGCAUUGGUGGACAAACAGUCCUUCCCGACGGCCACCAAGACUCAUGUCACCUGGUUGGCCCGGCUAGGGUUUGAAGACCAGGCGCGAGAGACAUACCUGAAGGCACGAUCGGACGUUAUUGCUCAACGCAUCAGAGCCUGUAUCUUUGAAGGUGAUUUGCCUCUCUACAUCUUCCAGAUCUCUUACGUCUACUUCACUCUUAUCAAGAACACCAUUGGCAUAUAUCAACAAUGUUUCCCUAGCGCAAUGAGCAGUUCAUGCAUUCGCUGGGCUAAACACCACCUUGACGGGUUCAAUUCCCUGCUCAACCGACAACUCAGUAGCGUUCAACGCGGUACAUCUGUCUGGCAGAAGUGCCUUGACCUUGUGCAUGAACAUGCCGCUUUGCUGAUGGAAGUUGGGGUGGAUUUCACCGAUUUGGUGGCUCGUGGGUUAGAAGAAAACCCCGAAGGCUCCUUGGAUGGGCCACGUACUGUCCAGCCCGGCGAGUUGGCACCAACCCCAUCGCCGGCGGACAUGCUGUGA